AUGUGGAAACCUCGAGCAAAUUAUACGAUCAGGAGCCAUACAGCGCCGUUACAGUCGCAUACGGAAAAACGCAAAAAUGUCGGCCUUACCUCAGCUAUCAGCUUGGAUGGGCCAAAUCCUAGUAAUCUCCGUAGAACAAAUGAACUUGAGGAAGCUCUAAAACUGCACCAGGUUCUUGAGUCACAGGAAGAAAUGAAGCACAGAGCAGAUGUGAUUAGCAAACUUGAUGCUUUAGUACAGCAAUGGGUUUAUAACGCAUGUGCGGGAAACAAUUUCCCUUCUCAUUUCCUAGAUCAAAUCAGAGGUAAGGUCUGUACAUUUGGAUCUUAUCAACUAGGAGUUCAUCAUAAAGGAUCAGAUAUCGAUGCCUUGUGUGUCGUACCGAGAUAUAUAAAUAGAAAAGAAUUUUUCUCAUCGUUUUUUGAGUUGUUAAAAUCGCAAAAAGAAGUCAAAGAUUUGAGAGCUAUAGAAGAAGCAUUCGUACCUGUCAUUAAGAUGAAUUUCGAUGGUAUUGAGAUUGAUAUGCUCUUUGCCCAAUUACAAGAAACCAAACUUCCAGAUCCACUGGAUUUUACGGACGACAUGCUAUUAAAAUACUUGGAUCAGAAGUGUGUCAGAAGUCUAAAUGGUUGUCGAGUGAUGAAAGAAAUACUGCAAUCAGUGCCGAAUUUACAAAACUUCAGGCUUAAUUUGAAGUCCAUCAAAUUGUGGGCAAAAAAUAACGGAAUUUACAGUAACGUUUUAGGGUAUUUGGGUGGCGUUUCGUGGGCAAUAUUAGUCGCACGAACGUGUCAGCUGUAUCCAAAUGCUGCCCCAGCAACUUUAAUAGAGAAAUUCUUCCUGAUCUUCUCAAUGUGGGAGUGGCCAAGACCAGUGCUACUAAAAUCUGUUAAAAAAGUUCAUUUAGGCUUGCAAGUGUGGGAUCCUCGGGUGAAUGCUUUAGACAGGCCAUCUUAUCACCUUAUGCCAAUCAUUAGACCUGCUUACCCUCAGCAGAAUUCGACUUUUAAUGUAACCAUUUCUACAAGGACAAUAAUGGAGGAGGCAAUAAAGACUGGGUUAGCCAUUACAAAAGAUAUAGCCAUGGGUAAAGCUUCGUGGGACAAACGUUUCGAACCACCAAAUUUCUUCGACAAAUACAAACAUUUUGUAAUUUUGUCAGCAAGUAGUUUAACUGAAGAUGCUCAAUUAGAAUGGUCAGGAUUUAUUGAAUUGAAGAUACGACAUUUAAUAGGAUCAUUUGACAGGAAUCCGAACAUUACAUUGGCCCACAUUAAUCCAAAGUCAUUCCCAUCGCUAAAGCCUGAAGCAGACGAAUACGUUUGUAUGUGGCUUAUAGGCUUGAAAUUCAGAAAAGCCGAAAAUCUGAAUAUUGCAACUUCAGACAUUAAGUCAUUUGUUGAAACGACUGAGAGACAAGCGAAAAAAAUUAAUAAUUUGUUUAAAAAU